CGACGUGGGACACGAACGACAUCGGCGUAUCAUCUUUGACAGGCUUUUCGGAUCCUCCCAAAGGUCAUUCGAUUGAGUUUCACGGGAUAUGGCGAGCAGUGGCGCGGACGAGGCCGCGAUCGUCGCGCAGCUCGCGCUGGCGGACGCGCGCGCCAACGUCGCGUUUGCCGCUUCGCUGCUAACGCACUGCAUCAAGCGGCGUCUUGACGAGCACAGCGACGAGCCGUGCGAGCUGCUGGACCUCGACGAUGCGAUUGCGCACCUCCAGCGGGCGUGGAGCACGUGCUUUCCCGACGCGACCGCCGAGAGCAUUUGGAUCCAAGAGCACAUUGCCCGCGCACGUGCCUACAUUCGGCGGUCGCACGCCGCAGCCUUCGAGCGCAAUGCGUACGACCACGUGAUCGAGUCGUUCGGGCACUUGGCUCGCUUCCUGGACGCGCCGUACAUUGCACUCGCGCUGCGGGACCGCGUUCUCGCCAAGCCGUUCGUGUACAAGGCGGUCACAAAGAACAGCAAGAAGAAGAGCAAGGUCAGCUGGCAACAGUGCAAGGACGACGGCAACGCGUGCUACCAGCGCCGCGAGUUUGACGCAGCGAUGGCGCUCUACACGACCGCGCUUUGGUACUCGCCCAAGGAGCCCACGCUCUACUCAAACCGCGCGCUCUGCGAGCUCCAGCUCAAGAAAUUCGACCUCGCGCGUCAAGACGCUAUCGACGCACUCGCGCUCUCGCCCAGUGGUAGCGUCAAGCUCUACCGAAUUCUCUCGGAAGCGCUCGUCGGCUUGCACUGGUACCACGAUGCGCUCGUCGAAUGUGAAAAAGGACUCGCGCUCGACCCGAACGACAGCGUGCUCCUGAGCCGCUCCAAGCACUGCGUCCACGUCCAAGACGAGAUGGAGUGGCAGACGCAGGUGGCCAUCGCCGGCGUUCAAUCGGCGCAGCUCGAGCUCGGGCGCAAGUUUGCGUCUGGGCACCGCGGCUACCGCCGAGAUGCGGCCAAGGCGACGCUGUGGCUGGAAAAGGCUGGCCGACCGGCCGACGAGAUCCGCGCGAUGCUGGCCUUUGGCGAUAAGAUGCUAUCGUACGAGGCCGAGCAUGGCGGUGACCACGAACUCUCGCUCGAAGCGCGGACGCACCGCUUUUGCCACGUUUUGCUCGACAGCUUCAAGCCGUCGGACAGUAGCCAAGCCCAUUGGCCCAUCGUCGCGUCGCACUUCAAAGCUGCGUACGACCGCGGUCUUCCCGGCGCCGGCGCCAAGUACGCGCAGAUUCUACGGCUCGGGAUCGGAACGCCCGUCAACGCGGCCGCCGCAGCAGACGCUGUGUUGCACAACGAGCCGUUUGACGACGAAGAGCCCGACGAGAUAGUCGCCGAUGACGAGGUGACGCCGGGUACGGCCCGUGUGUUGGGCGACGACGACGGCGACGACGGUGACGACGACGGCGACGACGGUGACGACGAAGCGAACGAGUUUAUGGACGUGGCCGAGACGUACUUUCGCAGUGCGUGGGACGCACUGGACGCCCGGGACGUGACCGCAGCGAUGGCAGACCUGCGCGAGGUCCUCGACAUGGACGACGAGCCGUCCGUGUUUGUCGACUUUGCGCGGCUCGUGCUCGCGUGGCUCGAGCGCGGCACCAGCGUCGUGCCGCUUAGCGGGCCGUGGCACCACCUCCUCGACGCCGAGCUCGCGCAUCUGCGGCGCGAAGGCGACGACAUGUACGCGCACCAGCUGUACGCCAAAGCGAUCGAGUUUUACAGCCGCGCGCUCAACUGGACCACGCUCCGUAACGACGUGCUUCGCAUUGCGCCAUUGGACGCUGACGAGCGCGGUCUCUUGUACUGGAAGCGCGCGCUAGCUGGCUUUCACCUUGGGCUCUACGGCGACGUGUGCGCCGAUAUGGAGGACGCGGUGGAUUCGAGUAGGAACAACAUUGCGUUCUACCGGCUCUGGGCCAAAGCCGCGCUCCUCGACCACGACUACGACGCGGUUUUGGACGUUUGCGACGACGGACUGCAGCUGGACCCGCACGACAAGGACCUUCUCUCGCUCCAGGACGACGCCGAGGCCUUCUUGUAAACAAAUGUUAGAAAAACGCCAUAAGAGAAUGUGAGGCUUUUGCGUCACCUCAUGGCUGCAUUAUUGUUAGUACAUGGAAUAUACUAACACGUGCACGAACAGCUAGUCGUCGCAGAGCAC